AUGGCGGUUCAUAUGACCAACUCAUUCAUGUUAGGAAGUUGCAGCAAAAAUCGCUGGUGUCGGAAGCCGGGAAAGAGCAAUCAUGCGCUGGCGGCGAGCAGUGUAGCCUUACAGAAUAGAUCCGGCAGGAGCUGUUCGCGGUACCUGCCCCACACUAGCCUUGGGAUUCUUCCAAACGGCAAGAGCUCCAAAAACGUACACCUGGACAACAAAGAAGGCAGACUUGGACACAAAACUCUUGUUGCCAAACCUCUUCCGACUGACGACGCGAUGUCGAAACAAUUCUACAUCGCCAAGGCUGUGGACAAUGGUGCGUGCGAUGAACCCCGCCAGGAGCAAGCAAACGAGGAGACUCUCCAGAUGAAAACACAGUAUGUAUUCGCUAACUGUCCUCCUCUUGUUGUAGCUCACGAGACGGAUAUUUUCUCGAUAGCGGUGACGCCGAACUCGGUCAUCUCGGGCUCUGGCGCAUCGACCCUGCGCAUCCACAGCACGACCACACCCGAUUUUCCCAUUGCACAGUCUAUCGACGUUGCCCACAAGCUCGGCUGCCACCAUGUGACGACGGCCAAGGGCGGCUCUGGGCAGGUGGCCUGUUCGGCAGGCUUUGGUGGCGAGGUGAACGUAUGGCGGCGCAGCGAGGCAGGUGACUGGACGCUAGACACAACCCUGCGGCCGAGUGACCUGAUCGCAGGAAACAAAGGCGGCGCUCCUGGGACCCAGGAAGGCGCUCCGGCAGCAGCUAUCACCAAGACCGAUAAGACGACCGACGCGUGGGCCCUUGCGCUCAGCAAAAACGAGCAGUACCUGGCGUACACGACUCAUGAUGGGCGUGUGGGCGUGUGGGACCUGCAGGCGCGCGCACAGUUGCUUGUCUACAGCUCACACAACCGGGCGACAAGCAGCUUUGCCAUGGCGGUCGAUCUGAGUCAAGACGGAAAAUACACGGCGGCAGGGUACCAGAGUGGUUCUGUCAACGUGUUCAACAAUGACCAGUCCAAGCUGGUGUACACGUUACCGGGUCUAGCCAAGCCUGUGCGGGCGGUGGCGUUCUCGCCGCUUGGCAAGCGGCUGGCAGCCGGCGGGGACGCCGGCGUGAUCUCGCUGUACGAUAUGAAGCAUGGCGAGCCCGUGGGCAAUCUGACACCACCGGGGUCGACGACAUCGAGCUCAGCCGUGUGGGUCAUGUCGCUCGAUUUCUCGGCAUCGGGCGAAUAUCUACUGGCCGGGUACAUGGACGGCAAAGUGCGGGUAUGGAACGUGGAGCUAGGGACGUGCGUGGCGACCAACGGCGAGACAGAAAUGUCAGCGCUGUGGAGCGUCAAGUGGCUGCCGCCCAAGUCGGAACGGCCUGGGGCCGACACAGAGAGCUUCUGCACAGCGGGUGCGGACCGGCGGCUGACAUUCUACCGCGAGGCGGGCUCGAACCCAAUAAUAUAG